AUGAUCUUUUCUAUAUGUCUUUUCCCUGUCUCUCUUUCUGUCUUGCUGUCUCCAAGGUUACAGCCCCUAGUGUGUGCGCAGCCCUCUAAGAAGCUGGCCCUCGAUCAGAAAGGGUUUGGCGCCCCAGUGGCCAUUCCUGCUGCCCCGUCCCAGAAUGCUGUAGUUGUGGAGAGCGGACCGGUGGCGUACGAAGAGCCUGCAGAAGAAGAAGAGGAGGAUGAGGAGGAAGAACACUGUGUCAGUGCCAUGCAGUUAAUGGGCGGCACUGAUUAUGGCUGUGAAGUGGAUGAUGAUGAUGGCUUCUGAAUCCAGAGUGGCUUUGGGAGCACCAGUGGAGAGGACUCUUAACGCUUAACCUGCUGUUUAUACUGACCCCAAAACACGCAUACAACCUCCAUCUCAUUACCUCUAGUGUCCGUGCAUGUUUGCAAGAUGAGAAAAAAAGUGAACUUUACACACUACAGAGGAUGGAAUACUACAGCUAAACAAGAUCAAAGAUCCCACAUUCUUGCUUUUUCAUAGGUGUGUGUUCUGAGCUCGUAUGCUCAAAGUAACUUAAACACCAUUUAAAAUCACAGCACACAAACAAGAAAAUGAGUAAAUGGAUGUGUGUGUGGUGAUUGAGAGUGAUGAUUCUCUCUCUGGAGUGUGUAAGCCUGCUAGCUAACUGCAUUACUGUGUGUUUUAGGCUAAUGAUGACAUAUGAUCUUGCGCAUCUAAAGCGAUUAGCCCACACGAGGCUCAGGACUCUGUGCGGACAAAUGUGUGCAUGUACACGUGCCUUUAAAUAUUGCAGUAUACAGCCCUAAAAAUUGUGUUAUGAUUUUCAGAGCCAAAGUGUUAUUCUUUAAACCAAAUGCAGCUUUAUGUGUUCAGUAUUCAGUUAGAAUAGAUUAGAAGUGUAAAAUAUGAUUAGUAACAGUGUUAAAUUUAGUUUUGCUGCUUGGCUGGCUUUAUAGUGCCUUUAUUAUUAUUAUUAUUAUUAUUAUUAUUAUAAAAUUAUCUACUGGUCUGGUGGAUUUUCCAGUUGGGCUAUUUUUUUUUCUUCUUUUUUUUUUCUCAGUAUAAUGUUUAAAUGGUAAAGUACUCUAAUUAGAAUAUAAUUAUUUUUACAUUUGAUGGUUGCUGUUUUCCUUGUUUAAUAUGGAGACGUGGAUAUCAAACCAAAUGAAAAUACUUGAAAAAUUUGCUCCAGAUAAAUGCUGUAAAAGUGUCAUUGGCUUGAUCAUAUUAUUACUGUUAAAUAUUUUUAACAUUUACAAAAAUGCUUUAUAUAGUUUUUUUUUUUUUUAAGAAAAAUGUUUACAGUGUUUGAUUGUUUUGAAAUAGAUUGAUCGUUUAAUAUUGGUCUGUUAAUGAGGAAGAAAACAGUGUUAUAAUUGUACUACUUCUUAAUUCUCAGUAUGGUUAGUGCUCUUUGAGAACAUUUCACUUAAUUUAUAGUUUGUUCUCUCCCAGACCAAAAGAUAUGAGUGAACUAUUUUUUUUUUCCUUCUGUUAGAAAAGUAUUUAAAAGGGUCUCUUCUAUCAGUCAUGCCACGACACACACAACAGAUAUUACUGAUGCAAAACCAAAUCAUUCCAAAUCUGAUCAAUAAAAGUACAGGUUACAGGGUAACCAUCUAUAAAUGUAAAAAAUAUAAAGUAUAAAAAUACUGACUUUAGCUGGGAUUGUUUAGAUCAAGCUGAACCGCAACCUUGAUCUGUUCUGAUUAAAACAUAAACCAAACCUCUGUAUUGGCAUCGACACUUGAAAAAUACUUGAUGUCUUGGUGAAUUCUUGCAUGUAUAAUACAAAUCUUUAGUAUGCAAUUCAUCAGGAUUUUAAAAACUGGAAAAAUUUAUAGUUUUAUUUUGGUCUUAAAAUUUAAUCGUCUUGUUUUUAUACCAUUAGAGCUAGUUUCAUUAGAGUCGAUUGAUUUGGUCUUGAAACAGUAAUAGUGACAAUAAAACACUCAAAUUGUUUUCUGUAAACCUAAACAGUAUUAUGGGCAAAGAAAUAAAGAAUAAUAAUGCAUGA